UCACGCAAAUGGCGGACGUUGUAAACAGAGCCAGCAGCGACUCGGAGGCCAAAGUGAAACAUCUCUUUUUAAGAUGAAUAACGUGGAGUGCGAGCGUCUGGACAGCCUGGAGGGCUGGGUGGCCGUUAAAAGCAACAUAUUUGAAGAAACCGAGACGUUUAAGCUGGGCUUCAUCGUACAGUGGAACGUCAUCGAGUGUAAGUUCGCUGUCACCUGCCACAACCGGACGCUACAGCGGCAGAAGCGCAAAGCAGAAGUUGCCGUUGUCGGCGACCCGCAGAUGAGCUGGGCUGGACUCUUCUCCGUCAAGGAUCUGAAACAUAUCCAUCAGCAGUUUACAUGCGUGGCAGACAUCUUGGGAGCCUGCUUCCCGGAUUUGUCCGAGUUCGAAGACGGAAACAUUUGGGACUUGCUCUUCCUGAAUCGGCGCUCCGGUCCCGACGACGAUGAGAGGGAUUUUGACACACCGUGUCGGAAACUCGAGAAAUACUUCAGCACAGCCAUCGACAUCUGCGGCCGAAAGAUUGUCCUCGACACGUUAUUCACUCAGGAUGAGCGAGACGUCGAGGAGUACUUUGAAAACCUGCAGGAGUUUAAAAGGAAGACCAUGCAGGAGGAAAUGUCAAGGGCCAAGGGUCACCUGCGACAGCUGCUGCAGAGUCACGGCAGUGCGGACCGAAUGGUUGCGCUGCUCAGCAUCUACGAGGAAGAGGAUGAGGCCUACCAGGACCUGGUCACUGUGGCCACCACCUUCUUCCAGUAUCUGCUCCAGCCUUUCAGGGACAUGAGAGAGCUGGCCUGCCUCUACAAGAUGGAGAUUCUGAAGUCUUUGGAGUUUGAGGACUUGGGUCCUAAGAGAAUUGCAGCCCUGGAGAAGGAGGCGGAGGAGUGGAGAACGAAAGCAGGAGACGCAGUCGCCUCGAUUCAGGACAUCACCGUCACCUACUUUGCACAGACUUCAAAGGCUCUGGCUGGUAUGUUGAAGCAGAUGGAGGAGGAUAAGUGUCGAUUUGGAGCUGCUGCCUGGGCGUCUGCAGCUCCCAGACUGGAGAAACUGCGCUUCCUGUUAGCCAAAGAAACCCUGCAGCACAUGAGAACUACAGAGAUGUGCCUUAACCGCAAGAAAGAUGGCAUCAGAGAGAGGUUGGGCAGCCUGUCUGGCAGAGACAAGAGCCACAGAACCGAUCCGAGGUCUGCGCCUGGGGGCGACCAGCAGCAGGACGCAGUGGACCAGCUGGAGCUGCAGUUCUACGAAACCCAACUAGAACUGUACGACACCAAGUUUGAGAUCCUGAAGAACGAGGAGCAGCUGCUGGUGGCUCAGACUGACAGCCUGCGACGGCAGAUUAAAGAACUGAAGGAGGAGGUGGUGUACUAUGAUGUGUGUGAGGAUCCGGAGGAGCUGCAGAGUAUCCUCCACACAGGUAUUCAGCAAGCCGAGCCUCCGACUGUCAGUCAGCUCAGACGACGCCUGCAGACCUUGGAGACCAAGAGAGGCAACAUCUGCGCCCGGCGAGCUUAUCUCCGCAACAAAAAGGAUCAGUGCAUGGAGGCACAGGAGCAGAAGAAGCUGCACGCCGAGCAGAGCUCCAUACUCUUCAACCAGCACCAUCAGGUCCACCUGAAACGCGAGAAGAGAAAGGAGGAGGAGCAGAGGAGGAAGGAGUGGGUGGACCAGGAGCGAGAGAAGACCCUGAGCAGAUUACGAUCCUUCAGAGAGGUUAGGCUCUGUCGUUGUCUCCCUGCAGCUUCUCCUCUGCUUAUGAAACCCCAGAGGCUCCUGCUUCAUUCAGCAGCUGUAGGGAGGAUCUGUGCACAGCAUCAGACGCUCUGGACAUGCUUUAAGCGAUUUGGCCAGUACAUCCUGAAGACUCCUCAGUCCAGGAUGUCUUCUUCAGAAGUGCCGUGUCCCUCCCAGCCGCUGUCCAUCAUCAGCCUCGGCCCCUCUCCCGCCUCUGAAGGACCCUCCUCCAUCCAUCCCGCCCGCAGGCGCAAUAAAACGCCCAAGAAACAGCAGCCUGAAGACAUCCCUGUCCAAAUCUACUCUGCGCCGCCGCCUCCAGCAGCAGCAGCCUGUCCUCCUCCUCCUCCUCCUCCUCCACCACCACCUCCCCCACCUCCACCGCUGCCCCCCGCCAUGCCUCCUCCACCCGUCCAAGCCUCGCCUUCCUCUGAGGACACGCCGAUGCCCCUCAGUGAAAAAGAAGACCCUCCUUUCCCAGCCAAGAACAUGCUGAAACAAAAUAUCGGAACAAUGGAUGAAGUGUUGGCCUCAUUGCAGCGUGGACAGAUUCAGCUUCGUAAGGUCCCCGCCCCCAGGACAGCGUCCCCUGUUGUGGACCUGAGGAGCAAUCUGAUGUCCGCCAUCCGACAGGGAGUCACCCUGAAGAAGGUGGUCCCUGCGCGAGCAGAAGUCCCGAACAGCGGCGACAACGAGCUGGAGCGCAGCAUCAAGGCUGCCAUGAUGAGGAUGAAGAAGGUGGCGGCCGACUCCGACGAGGAGGACAGAGGAGACGACGAGACACAGAGUACAGACUGGGACAGCUGAGAACACACACACACACACACGCACGCACACACACACGCACACAUAUGUACCGAUGAAGCUGUUCUCUUACAGUACCCUUGCUCCGUUUUCUUCAUUGUUCUGAGCUACAGCUUAUGUUGCUGCCAAAUUUUCACCAACAAGCUUUUAUUUUGACAACGCCACUUCUGACUUAAAGGUGUACUAUGCAGGAGUUUCCUAAAAAACAGUGUAGACACUCAUACAAAAGCAGUCCCUCUCAAUCAUCACUUAAGUCUCACCAACAGUGUGUGUGGGUGUGUGUAUCUGCAGAGACGCUGCCCUCCGCCUGUAUUGUCUUAUUUUCUUCACAUUUUGCUGUGGACGUUUCAGGGCUGCAGCGCGUGUGCAGCCGCCAGCCAAUAACGGCGUGCAGGUGAGGUCGGGGCCUUAUAAAAAGACAGCAGGUGUCAGACCGUCGGCAACAUGCGUCUAAGAGGAAGCCAUGAAAACGCCAGCCCAGCCCGAAUGUUCACAUUCCUGGUGGCGCUGAGCCUGAGGAGAGGGGCCACGGGGUCGAUUCCUGCAUAGUGCACCUUUAAAUGUGGCAGCGUGCUGAAGUUGUCAAACUUUAAUCUGUCUUUUCAACACACAGUAGACCUGAGAUGUUGUAAUACAUCCAAAGCUCCUCUGAAACAGUCGGUUCGCAGAAAAUCCCACGCCGAGCGAACAACGCGCUGUUCUGCGAGGCUCGUUAAGGAGAAAAGCCGAGCAGUACUACUGUAGUUUGGUGUGUAAAUGACCGAAUCCAGGGAAUCCUGCUGCAGGAAGAUACGACCACAUCACACAACAUGCUAAUGUUUCCACAUGGCUGAGCGUAAACUGACUUCUGUUAAGUUGAAUGGGAUUUAAAUAUGAACUUUUUUUUUAACUUUAUCCCAAUAAGGGCUACAGCCAACUGAGUUGUGUAGUCUUUGCAUUUUAUUACUAAACAAAGACGGAGUUAUGUCCUGAGGUGCAGAAGUGUUAAUUAUUUACAGCCUACGUGACCACAGUCUGCGUCAUUGUUGGUGUUACAGGCUGUUCGAUGCACUGUCCUGUCCCUGAUUCUGCUUUGUGUCAGAAACGUGUGAAUGUGUUAGGCUGAAUUUAGGUGCAAUUUAUACAUGAACUGUUAAAGUGACAAAGAAUGUUAGAGUCGUUUAAUAACCAAUACUCUCUUUUGAUUAUGGAACUGCUUGUUAAUGUACACAGCUCUGUCUCUAAUCAUGGUUGAAUCCUCAGAAAAGCUUUCUGACGUUUUGUUGAUGUUUAGAGGCAGAAUUUGUACUUAUGACCUUUGAACCUGUGACACAGAGCACUUAACUUACCUGAACCUCCAAAAAGAUGCAAGGCUAUAAUGUAUUAUGUACAAAAAAAAACACAAUACUGUAUGAAAAACAGCAUUAAAUGGUUUGCAGAA